AGUGCUGGGACAAAGUGCUGAAUGCCUCCUCUUAUCUGCAGCAGCGUAACAGAGCUGACUGGAGCUUCCACACUCGCCAAACGGGAUCUUUACAGCAACAUGCACUUGCUUCUGUGUACGUAAGCGUGGCAUAGGAAGCCAGCAGCCGCAGUCCGCUCGGAGGUUGAGGUACAGCUCAGCAGCUGACAGCUUGGUGAGAAGAGCGUUUCCUGGCUUGAAUGCGACCCGAUUGCAGCUGGAGCAUGUCCACUGCAGGCUUGACUGCCCAGGAGAUUUGUUUACCCUCGCAAAGCCUCUUCCUGCGGGGCAGCCAUUGCCAUAGCAUGGCCGGAGCCAAGCCCUCCUGGAAAUAUAACCAUGAUCUUGACAACUUGUAUUUGAGCCUUGACGCCUCUAUGAAUUACAACCUCCAACCCCAGCAACAGGUGCAGUCAUUCUUAACAGCAGGCAAACAGAGAUUCCAUUCCCAUUCCCCACAAAGUCCUGGAGCCCAGCCGCUGCCUCCUAAAAAGUCCCGUCCUACACAGCUAUCCUUAUCCUCCACGGUCGACACCUACACCCCGAGCCCUGUCGAAGAUGACCAGGUGGUCCCUGGCUUCCAGCGCCUGUCUGUAUCUGACCGCACCUCCCCACCUCAGACACCAAGCCGGGUAGCAAAGCCUCUUCCCCCAAUCCCUGGCUCUGUUGAGCCAUCUGCAGACCAGGCUAUGGACAGUGAGGUGGAGUCCUUUACUGGGGAUGACAGUCGUUGUCUGGUGCCUGAUCAGGUUCCCAAAUCUCCCCUACGAUGCACUAUGCACAGUCGUAGGAGUUUUAGGGACUGUGGACAGAUCAAUUAUGCCUAUUUUGAAGGGCCAGUGUUGUCCCACCAAAGCAAGCAACAGCAACCUCCAAAGAAAAAACAGGAACAGCAGGCUCAUGAGCACCUUCAGCAGCAGCAGCGGGAGCAGGAGCUCCAUGAACAGCAGCAGCAGCAGAAGGCUGUGUGCCUUCGGCAGCAAGAUCGUGCCCAGCGCAAGCUUCGACGCUCCCAUUCUGGCCCUGCUGGCUCCUUUAACAAACCCUCUGCCCUCCGCCUGUCCUGUCAUCAGCGGAACACCCAGUGCCCAGACAAACCCGAAGUCCCUCCUCGAGUACCCAUUCCUCCGAGGCCAGCUAAGGCAACCUCUGACUACCGCCGCUGGUCAGCAGAGGUAUCCUCUGGGGCUUACAGUGACGAAGACAGACCUCCGAAAAUUCCCCCCAGAGAACCUUUGUCCAGCGGGACAUCCCGGACACCGAGCCCCAAGAGCCUCCCUCUUUACCUCAACGGAAUCAUGCCGCCCACCCAGAGCUUUGCCCCAGAUCCUAAAUAUGUGAGCCGGGGCUUGCAGAGGCAGAACAGUGAAGGUUCCCCAUGCAUUUUACCCAUCAUGGAGAAUGGCAGAAAGGCCAGCACCACGCACUACUUCCUGCUGCCACAACGACCCGCGUACCUAGACAAACACGAGAAGUAUUUUGUGGACAGUGCGGCGAGUCGAAACACUGAAGCCUCAGGCUCCAGUCUAGACUGGGUCUGUCAAAGCAAAAGGAAAACGCACGCAGACUUUGUGUAAGGUGGAACAUACAGAACAUGGACUGUGCCCCAUUUUACGAAAGAACCAUUAUCCUGCUGCCUGAGCACCUAAAGGACUCUUCUGCAGCUUGCAAGCAGUUAUUAGUUUUACCCUAGUUUUUGAAAAAGUAGGGUAAGUUACAUACCAAUGCAGUUACUGAGAAUUCUUGUUGCUGUUUUUUUGUUUUUUUCCCCUCCUCUCACAAUGGAAACAAAUCUCUGGCAUGAAAGUGUGGCUUUGGAGGCACUGGUCACUGGACAAUAUUGUAUAAUAAUUGUGUUGUAUUAAUUCGUUGUUCAUUGUUGUGUGAUACUUAAGUGUUUAAAUGAUGCUGUGGUGCAGUUAUUAGGUAUGAGCUGGUCUGGUACCUCAUUUUAUUCAGUGUUUUUUUUUUUUUGUUUUUGUUUUUUUCCUUCUUGUUUCUUUUUGGUAGUCAGGCUUUAUAUUGCUUUGAAGAAUUGCUGCUUCUGUGGCUGAAAGUGUGCUUCAGAGCUUCUUCUGUGAAAAUAGAGGGACAGCGAGUCAGUAGAGCAUCUGUUCAUUUUGUGUUGCACACGAAAUAUGAAGUACAUAACAAGGCCAAGCUGUUUUGUGGCCACAUUUUUAGUGAAGGAUAUUCCAUGAAAAUCUGUCUAAUCCAUUGUGAAUAAAUAGGCACAAAGUUU